AUGACUUAUCGUCCAUAUCCUUCGGAUGGUGGCUGUAAGUGGUUUGGUACAGCUCCAUUUUGUAGUGGACACUGUCAAGCAGAAUAUGACUACAUCCGAAAUAGCAAUGGACGUUGUAGUAAUUGGUGGUUUGCUGGCGUCUGUAAACCGGAUCCAAGUUUUGGCGAACCAUGUAGCACUAUUUUGGGUGGAAAUUUUAAAAAGCAUUUUUGCUGCAAAAGUGAUCCGUCUGAAUGUACGUGGAGUGGUCGCUGGAUGAGUGCAUUUAGUGCGCACAAUAUUUACUGUCGAUGCGAUAAUCAUGGUCAUUGUGGUCAUCUGGAAUGUUCCGUAAAUCAUUUCAAUUAUCAUGCUCAAAAUUCAACAGAAAUAAGUGGCGACCGUUGCGAUCAGAUUUCACUGUUUGGUUUCGAGGGUAAAGCAACAUGUGGUUAUAUCGCUUGGUUUGAUAAUAGCGAAACUCUUGUCGAUAAUUGGUAUAAAAGCAAAUGA